GUGCUUUGCGGCUUUGCUUUUCCUGAAACGAGAUUCUAGAGAGAGAGAGGCUAUUUAUAGAGAGGAGGAGGGAGGGAGGGAGAGAGAGAGAGAGGUCUGUGAGUCUCUGUACGGAGGUUUGGUAAGGAUUGUUAAUGGCGAUUCGGUCGAUGAAGUAAGUGGUAACGCGUUAACUAGCAUUGUCCUCGUUUCAUACAAAGCCUCUGUGUGUGCUUCGCCACUUCUUUGUACAUCUCGUCUCUCUCUCUCUCUCUUUUCCUAGAGAGAGAUUUUUAGGGGGUUUAUAUUCAAGUCUUCCUGAAGAAAUCAAAGCCAAAAGAAGGGUUAGCAGAAGAAGAAGCAAAAAUGCAGAUGGAGUGGCCUGCGUAUUUAGAUGAAUAUGAAAAGCUUGUUAUUCGGAUGACCACUCCCAAAGUCAUGAUCGACAAUGCCGCGUGUGCCAACGCUACUCGUGUCACGGUUGAUAGUGCUAGAAAACAUGGACUUCUUCUAGAUGUGGUUCAAAUUCUCUCAGAUCUGAACCUUUCAAUUAAGAAAGCGUACAUAUCUUGCGAUGGAAGGUGGUUCAUGGACGUUUUUCAUGUGACUGAUCUAAAUGGAAACAAAUUAACCGACGAGAGCGUUAUCAACUACAUUGAACAGUCACUUGGUACAUUCGAUUACGCGAGCUCGAAAUGCUUUGAUGGUUUGACAGCGCUAGAACUAACCGGAACAGAUAGGCUUGGCCUGUUAUCGGAGGUUUUCGCAGUACUAUCUGAUUUGCAAUGCAAUGUGGUUGAAGCAAAAGUGUGGACACAUAAUGGAAGAAUAGCUUCCCUCAUUUAUGUGAAGGAUUGCGAUUCGGGUUCCCCAAUUGAAGACUCCCAGAAGAUCGAUAUAAUCGAAUCGCGGUUGAAGAAUGUGCUUAAAGGGGAUAAUGAUAUACGAAGCGCCAAGACAUCGGUUUCCAUGGAGGUCACACACACCGAACGAAGACUUCACCAAAUGAUGUUUGUGGAUCGCGAUUAUGAGCGCAAGCCUACUAUGAGGACUAAUGCUGAUUGUCCUCUCGUCACGGUCCAGAAUUGCUUGGAAUGGGGUUACUCUGUUGUAAACGUUCAGUGCAAGGACCGCACGAAGCUUCUGUUUGAUGUUGUUUGCACAUUGACAGAUAUGCAAUAUGUUGUCUUCCAUGCCACCAUCAACACCUCUGGGGACCAAGCGUACAUGGAAUUUUUCAUCAGGCACACAGAUGGUACACCAAUUAGUUCAGAAGCUGAAAAGCAAAGGGUGAUUCUGUGCCUACAGGCUUCCAUAGAAAGGAGAGCGUCAGAGGGUGUGAGGCUAGAGCUGUGCACGGCCGAUAGGAGCGGCCUCUUGGCGGACGUAACACGAACCUUCCGCGAAAAUGGUCUUAACGUGACAAGGGCGGAGAUAUCCACAACAUCCGGAACCCCUCUAAAUGUCUUUUCUGUAACGGAUGCAAGUGGGAGCCCCGCAGACCCAAAGAUCAUCGAAUCGGUUAGACAGAAAAUUGGAAUGAGUAAAUUAAAAGUAAAGGAAUUGCCAUUGAUAUAUCAUCAAAAGGGGGAAAGGGAUGAGCCCACAGUUGGGGCCGGCGGCGGUGGGGCUAUGUUGUUGUCACUUGGGAGCCUAGUGAGAAGGAAUCUAUACAAUUUGGGAUUGAUUAAAUCAUAUUCUUGAAAGAAUAUCAUGUGGGUCAAGAAUUUUAGUAUAACCGUGAUGUUUUUGUAACACCAGAUACCGUCUCAUAGGCAACAAUUUGUUUGGGGGGAUAUGUUUCCACCCUUGUGGCAUAUACUUUGCUUUGGAGUUUGGUAAUUGUGUGCAUAUCAAGAAAAUUUAUUAGGAGGUGUUUGGUGAUAGUAGCUUGGUAUUGUUGGGGUUUGGUUGGUUGAAUAGGGUAGACACAUUAUUAGAUGGGAGAUGUGGGGGCCACUCCAUCCCACCAUUUCAAAUUGUGUUUAGGGGAGGAAUCUGAAUUAGGAGAGGGAAACAAGGGAAAAGUAGAAGGUGUUGGUGGUGGUGGGGGUUUAUAUGAUGGGUUGUUUCUUGCUGGGAAAAGAGUAGGUAUAGAGAAGAAAUUGGUUUUUACACAUCACACAUUUGUACAUAAUGCAAUGACCCCUUUAUUUUUAAGUAUUAGUUAUGGUUGACUUAAUUUUUCCAUUACUCACAUUCUAGUCUUCUCUUGUUUGUAAUGUUUUUCUUUUGAGUAAUUCUAUGGGCCUAUUUUGUGUAGUUUUUAUCAGUUGAAAUGGAUGAUCAAAAGAAAAAAUUUAAAAUA